AUGGCCGAUUUCUUCGAUCUGGAGAAGUUUCCCGGACGCCGCGGCAUGCGGCGCUCGCCGUACGGCAACAUGGAGUUCGCGCUGGUGGCCGACGGCGUGCCGGUCGGCGAGGUAUACGAGAUCUUGAGCACUCCCGGGGGCGUGGAUCGGGCGUUCCGCAAGCUGGAUUCGAUCAAGGGUCACGUGGUGUGGUGGGAGGCCGGGGCGCAGCCGCCGCAGAUGCUGGCCGACGGCGAGGUGGUGAUGAGCACCGCCUACAACGGCCGGAUAUUCGAUGCCCAGGUGGUCGAGAAUCAGCCGUUCCAGAUCGUCUGGGACGGUCAGGUGCUGGACCACACGCAGCUUGCCAUCGUAGCGGGGGCGCCCAACCUGGACGUGGCGCUCAGGUUUCUCGCGUACGCGGCGCAGCCCGCGUCGAUGGCUGCCAUAAGCGGCUACAUCUCCUACAGCCCGUCGCGGCUGUCGGCGAUGCAUCUGGUUGCUACCCACGUCGAGACCGGCGUGGAGAUGGAACCGCACAUGCCGGUGACCCCGGAGCGUCUGGAGCGGUCGGUGUUCAACGACUGGUUGUGGUGGGCCGACUACGGAGAUGAGGUUAACGACCGCUUCGGAGCGUGGCUGGCCCGCUGA